UCUUCCUGAUUGAAUAUCCAUUGGCUUGGAUGUGAAAGAAAAAUCACAAAAGCACUGAACAACUGUUAUGAACGAACUCCAGUUACGUGAACUGCUUGUCUCUCUGAAAGAUUUGUGCAAUGUAUGCCGCGAAUGGCGAGAGAGCUCCUGCAGAUCUCCAGCCACUGGGAGACGUCUCGAAUGCAGAAGAAAACGAAGAAGAAGAAGAAGAGGAGGAGAGGAAGACGGAGAGGAGAGCGGUUGGCGCCAUGGAGGCACAGGAUCGGCCGAGCGUGACGGAAAUAUGCGAGACACAUUGCGCUCGCCAACGGUGCGUCUAAUCCGAUCGGGAUUGCCGUAGAACGUGUGAAACCAUGCAAAAGCGUUCCACCGAUUCGGGCCAACUUCACCAACAGAGUUCCACCAGUAAAGAGGUGCUACCAUGCCGAUCGAGAACGCGAGAUCUUUUCAAAUACGCGAGCUUCAUGAAUUUUGGCAAGUUGCUAUCGAAAUGCGAGCAGGCUUUUCUUUCUAUUGAAUUGCGUUUGAGGCUGCUGUUUUUCCUCUGGCACGAUAUUAUUAACUUACGAAACUUACAUAGUUUUCAAACUAUUGAUUCUAGAACUAAACACUAG